UAAAAAUAGAUACAGUUUUUUAUGCAGCACUGUGAAAUACUUUGAAAUGCAAAAUGAAUAUCGAAAUUGCGUAUUGAUAUGGCUGAGGUUCAUAUUAUAGGAGAAAUAGAGAAAGCGAAGGAUUUCAAAAAACAGCAUUUAUUCUGUAAAUGGUAUAUACAAAUAGGUAAUAAUUGGAGAGUUAUAUCAGGUAAAAAAGAAGGCCAAACUCAAGUUGCUCAUUCUGAGUUUGAAGAUACUUGCAAUUGGUCAUACCCAAUAGAUAUCCAUCUUGCUACAUCAGGAAUACAAGGUUGGCCGAAAUUAUAUCUCGAAGUAUAUCAUUUGGAUUGGCUGGGUAGAAGUCACCUAUACGGUUAUGGCGUUGUGACCAUCCCAACCCUCCCUGGAAGACACGACCUCGAUUGCUACACUUGGAGGCCCGCGGGUACACUCAGAGAAAGAUUCGUGCAGUACUUCUUGGGUGGAGGCCCUCAGCUGAAGGAUCCCCACACGAUCUUAUCCGGAUCGGAUAGGUACAAAAUCAACACCGAGGCUAUGGGAGUCGUGACUCUCAAAGUGACAACAGUUUUCAGAAAUUUCUUCGAUUACGGUGUAGAGUACCAUUGAUCUAAGAAUGUUGCGUC